AUGUGGUUUACAUCUCAAGACUACGAGUCAGAAGAAGAAGAUGACUUGGAAUCAUCCCUUUACCACAAUUUCUUUGAGGAAGGUGAAGAUUAUAGUGAUCAGAGUUAUGAUGUUAGUAGUGAAUGUAAUGAUUCAUAUGAAGUAGCAUCUGAUGACAUUCAAGAAAUAUCUGAUACAAGUCCUGUACCAGAUGAACAAAGGUCUAGGAUUGCAACUAUGGCCGAGAUAUUUAAAACGAUGUUCCAGGGAGGUCAAUCCUCAUCUACUGCACCUCUGCCUAACCUAAAGACUACAAAGUACUUAGAUAAGGGAGAUCCUACUUACAAAUGUGACUACUGUGGUUCGAAAAUGUGGAAAUACAAGAAAAAGGCUGACAAGGCAAAAAAAGAGAGUCUGAGAAAAAAGGUCACUGAGAUGAUAGUUGAGAUGCUAGACCAAGUAAAUCCAUAUGUGCAUCAAUUCCGUUCAGCCAGAGAUAGGUUCAAUACUAACCCUGAGACUACUUUUCAUAUGAGGAUUGUUAGCAGUCGAGAAAAAGAUGGGCGGACAUAUGAUACUCCUUCUGCAUCUGAGGUUGCUGCACUGAUACCUGGGGAUUUCAAUUUGGAAAUUGAUAAAAGAAAUAUUGUUCUUGAAGAGAAGCAAACAGGAUGGCUUCAACGGAUAAGUGAAAUACACCCUUCCUAUCUAGCACUACAAUAUCCUCUUAUCUACAUAUGGUGA